GAAAACAUUUGUGCUCUUAUGCCAUGUUCUUAUCAUCUUUCCUUCCCAAUUUCUCUUAUCUCAGUUCCAUGAACUCGUUCUUUUGAGACGGAAGCACCUUCAUUCUUGUCUUUAAUUAUCUUUUUACAGUGUACAGCUUCUAAAAAGGAAUUUAAAAAAAAAAAAAAAAACUCUGCUGGGGAGAGCCAAGCCUUCCACACACUCACGUGCUUAUGUAGUUGCUGUUUGGUUUUAGGGUCAUGAAGUGGAAGCAAGAGUUUCUUUGCUGAGUGAUAAUAAAAAUCGAAUCUUUUGAAGGUUUAGUUUUGGCCCCUCCUUUUGUUCUGCGUCUUGGUUGGUAGCUGCUGCUAGCUGACAAGAUAAUAACAAGUAUCAAUUUCUGUUUAGAAUUAGAAACCCAGAAUCUUGUGAUUCUUUUAUUCUUUUUCUUAAGGGUAUUUGAAUUUCUUAUCUGCCUCAAAUUUCAGUGUUCGUUUGCAUUUCCUGAAUUUUAAGCUAUUGGGGUGGAUAAGACAGCAUCUUAUCAAGGUCACAUCUGUUUUUAUUUUUUAUUUUUAUCAUUAUUGUCUUUUUUUUUUUUAUUUCUCCCACUGCAACCUAAGUGAUUUUAGGAAUUGGGUCUGUGUUGUUGUUCUUCUUUUAUUUCUUGAAUUUGCUUCUUUCACAAGUCUAAAACAUUUUAGUGAUUAGGGGUUAGCCUUGUGGGGGAUUCUGUGGAUUCAACAGUGGUUCUCUCUCUCCUCUCACAACACAAGCCUACCUGGAAUCAGAUAGAGUUCACACCCACAACCUCUUGGAACUGUUUGUUUUUAACUUGUGUUGGUUACUGUUGUUGAUGAGUUUGCUCCAUGUAGUUGGGUUUGGUCUAAAAGUGGGGCAUCUACUUUUGGUGUUAUGUUGCUGGGUUGUGUCUGUCGUUUACCUUAACUGGUUCUUUAGCAGUGGUGGAAUAAUAGACACCAAGAUGGGUUUUCCAGGUGGUGGUGGUGGCAAGAUGUGGCUCAAAUGGUGGGAGAAGAUCUCAGGGCAGGGUUGCAAAAUCCACCAACAGUACUAUCAGUAUAUUGGGUCCAAGAUAGUGAAGAGGGCGUUGGGGAGAAAGCUUUUGCUGACAUGGGUAGUGGGUUGGACCAUAGUAUCUUUGUGGAUCUUCUGCUACAUGAGCCUACAAGCUACUGAUAAGAGGAAAGAAACUUUGGCUAGCAUGUGUGAUGAAAGGGCUAGGAUGCUUCAGGAUCAGUUUAAUGUGAGUAUGAACCAUAUCCAAGCCAUGUCCAUUCUGAUCUCAACCUUCCACCAUGCGAAGAACCCCUCAGCCAUCGAUCAGAAUACUUUUGCUAGGUACACUGAAAGAACUGCUUUUGAGAGGCCUCUUACGAGUGGUGUUGCAUAUGCUGUAAGGGUGCUCCAUUCUGAAAGGGAACAAUUUGAAAAGCAACAAGGUUGGACUAUAAAGAGGAUGGAUACUCUGGAGCAGAACCCAGUUCAUAAGGACGAUUACGCCCCAGAGGCAUUGGAGCCAUCCCCCAUUCAUGAAGAAUAUGCUCCUGUCAUCUUUGCACAGGAUACAAUUGCACAUGUGAUUUCUGUUAAUGUGCUUUCUGGAAAGGAGGACCGUGAAAACGUGCUGCGUGCAAGAGAAUCAGGCAAAGGAGUGUUAACUGCGCCCUUCAGGCUGCUCAAAACAAAUCGUCUAGGGGUUAUCCUGACAUUUGCUGUGUACAAGAGAGAUCUUCCAUCAAAUGCAACCCCAAAUGAAAGGAUUCAAGCAGCUGAUGGGUAUCUAGGGGGAGUCUUUGAUGUUGAGUCAUUAGUGGAGAAAUUACUUCAGCAACUUGCUAGCAAGCAAACUGUAAUUGUUAAUGUGUACGAUACGACAAAUCAUACUCAUCCAAUUCCCAUGUAUGGCACAAAUGAGUCAGGGGAUGUGUUCUAUCACGUCAGCACUCUUAACUUUGGAGAUCCUUUUAGGAAGCAUGAGAUGCACUGCAGGUUCAAGCAGAAACCACCAUGGCCAUGGUUGGCAAUAACUACUUCAAUUGGCAUCCUUGUUAUUGCACUCCUUGUUGGACAUAUUUUCCAUGCUACUGUGAAUCGAAUUGCCAAAGUAGAAGAUGAUUGCCGAAAGAUGAAGGAGCUUAAGAAACGAGCUGAGGCAGCUGAUAUUGCAAAAUCCCAGUUUCUUGCUACUGUUUCACAUGAGAUCAGAACACCAAUGAAUGGUGUCUUAGGGAUGCUGCAUAUGCUUAUGGACACAGAUCUAGAUGUAACCCAACAGGAAUAUGUCAGGACUGCACAGGAAAGUGGAAAAACUCUUGUUUCACUUAUAAAUGAGGUUUUGGACCAGGCAAAGAUUGAAUUUGGUAGGCUAGAGCUUGAGUCUGUGCUCUUUGACUUACGGUCAAUUUUGGAUGAUGUAUUGUCACUAUUUUCUGAGAAGUCUCAAGGAAAAGGAGUAGAGUUGGCAGUGUAUGUGUCGGAUCAGGUUCCAGAAUUGCUAAUAGGUGAUCGAGGAAGAUUUCGACAAAUUAUUACCAAUCUCAUGGGUAACUCAAUCAAGUUCACCGACAAAGGACAUAUUUUUGUCACUAUCCAUCUUGUUGAGGAGGUUGUCCAUUCAAUAGAGGUUGACAGAGAAUCCAACUCAGAAAAUACCUUGAGUGGUUCCCCUGCAGCAGAUAAUCGCCGGAGCUGGGAAGGAUUCAAGGCUUUCAGUCAAGAGGGACCUCUUGGUUCUUUCUCAUCCUCCUCAAAUGAUCUUGUCAGUUUGAUUGUGUCUGUUGAGGAUACAGGUGAAGGUAUUCCUCUGGAAGCCCAGCCCCUCAUCUUCACUCCAUUCAUGCAGGUAGGUCCAUCCAUCUCCCGAAAGCAUGGGGGAACAGGUAUUGGCCUAAGCAUUAGCAAGUGUUUGGUUGGCCUCAUGAAUGGGGAAAUUGGAUUUGUAAGCAUACCCAAGGUUGGAUCCACAUUCACUUUUACUGCUGUCUUCACCAAUGGACACCGCAGUUCAAAUGAGUGUAAAAUUCAGCAAAUAAACAACCAACCUCAGGCUGCAUCUUCAGAAUUUGAGGGGAUGACUGCAUUGAUUAUUGAUCCAAGACCUGUUAGAACAAAAGUUUCUAGAUAUCACAUCCAACGGCUUGGCAUUCAUGUUGAAAUGGUUUCAGAUUUAAACCAAGCUUUGUCAACCAUAAGCAAUGGGAGUAUAGUUAUUAAUAUGGUCCUGAUUGAGCAGGAGGUCUGGGAUAGAGAUUUAGGCUUGUCAUCUCACUUUGUCAAUAGCACAAGGGAAGUUGAUCAUGGGGUUCCUCCAAAGCUGUUCAUUCUUGUUAAUUCUAGUAGUUCUUUUAAAGCAAGUAGUGUAAACUUGGGUGUUCAUAAUCCUACUGUCAUCACGAAGCCUCUGAGAGCAAGCAUGCUUGCUGCAUCACUACAGCGAGCCAUGGGUGUCCGGAACAAGGGAACUCCUCGAAAUCGAGAGCUUCAAAGUUUAUCUCUUCGCCAUCUUCUUGGGGGCAGGAAAAUUCUAAUUGUAGAUGACAAUAGUGUGAACCGUGCAGUAGCUGCUGGUGCUUUGAAGAAGUAUGGGGCAGACGUGGUUUGUGUUAGCAGUGGAAAAGAGGCCAUCUCUUCAUUGACGCCACCACAUCAGUUUGAUGCCUGUUUCAUGGAUAUUCAAAUGCCAGAAAUGGACGGUUUUGAAGCUACAGUGCAAAUUAGGAAGAUGGAAGAUAGUGUGAACAGAGAAGCAUCUAUGGAUGAGUUUAAGAAUAUUUCAAACUGGCAUGUGCCCAUUUUAGCCAUGACUGCGGAUGUAUUCCAAGCUACACAUGAGAAAUGCCUAAAGAAUGGCAUGGAUGGAUAUGUUUCAAAACCAUUUGAAGCUGAACAGCUCUAUAGAGAAGUUUCACGGUUUUUCCAGUCAUCUUGAAAAGAAAAUACAGUGCUGAUCCAAACCAAAGGGUUAUGAUAAUGGAAGCAUAGCUGUCUGUACUCCAGGGCACUCUGAAAGUGGAUAAAUAGGUUCAGAUGUCUCCUGAGAGUAAGUAUCCUAUUUUAACAGCCAGUGCUUGUUUUAGUAUUUCUCCACCUCAAAGUUUGAUGGAUUUCAUUAGAGACCGAAGAAUGUUUAUCUAUCUCAUCAGAAAGAAAAAUGAUGGAUGGAAGAAAGGGGAAACAAAAAAAUAUUGUAGAAAUUCAGAAAUGGUUCAUUCUACCUUUUUGACCUAUCUUGUAUUUUCUGCUGUUUGAAGGUCCCCCAGUUUAAAAUAUUGUUUUUGUGGCAGGGAGUGUACAUAGGAGCCAAGUUUAAUUGGUUGCAAUUGAGUUUUAAUUGGUUGUUAAGGGGUACCAAAACCCUUUGAUUCUUCCUUGUAAAGUCAGUCUCUCUUCUCAUCCACAAUGAUGGAGGCUGAUUAGAAGACUAGUGUAUUAUAAUGCAGGUUCUGGAGUCUCAUCCUUGUGUAUGUAAUAAUACAACUUAUAGUAAUCUAGCCUAGGCAUUAGGCACGUUACAUUUUAUGUGUAUUGAUGAUGCAUGUAUCACAAGGGCUUGAUUCAGGUGAAGGAAAGGAAAUUAGCUUCUUGGCAACAAUGGGAGCUAGUGCACCAUCAAUCUUGUAUAUGACUCACAAUAAAGAUGGUGAUUGAUGAGUACCUUCAGCAGCUUGGUUGGCUUCCUUUUGAGCUUAACAGUGCUGGAAUUCGGCUUUGAAACAUGUAACUGAUACAUUAUACUGUAGUGUUUGAGUGAUCCACCAUUUUUUGGCCGAUUUGUACAUUUCUGCUUCUGGAUUUCCUUUCGCUCGUUGCUUUGCCUUGACAUGUCAUGAAAUGAUUCCUUUUACAAUUUGAAUCUCAAUAGUCAAUUUACAAGCUAAUGUUCUCAAAUUAUGAUGCCCAAAUGUUACAUCGGUGGAAUUUAACAUGUACUUAGUAGAAAUGGACCAUCAUGGACCUGGCAUGGCACAACAGAUUAAUAAUGACUAUAGGUAUGUUAGUAAUUUACUCUCUCUAAUACACUGUUAAACUAACCUGGUGUUAUUAUAUGGUCACACAUCUUAAUGCUUUACAUACAAAUUGCUAUAUGGUCCUUCUAAAUUAGGAACAGACGUGUUUUGUCCUUGGAGAAGAAGUAUCGAGUCUUGUUUUGCUACAAUGUUUAUCUUCUGGGGGUUUUAAUGUAUACUAUCUCCUAACGCCAACUACUACAUGGCUAAUAAAUGGCUGGUCCACAUUUGUCUGUUC